AGGAGGAGGAGGUGGUGAAGGAGGUGGAGGUGGAGAACGACGGCGACAAGGAAGGGGAAGAGCAAGGGCACGAAGACAGUCAGUCUCGGAUGAAAUUCGAGCCACUUUAGUUGACCAUGUCCUUGUCCAUGGGAUGACUAUGAGGGAGGCUGGGCAACAAGUACAACCAAAUUUGAGUCGCUUCACUGUUGCCUCCAUCAUCAGAACCUUCAGGGAGGAAAACAGGUAGGUGUACUUGCAGUAAGACUGCUUUGUACAGUAACGUUUAAGUUACUGAAUUUAUGUGUCUUGAGUUUCAGUAUGUUUCCAUUAUUUUCCUGUAAAAUGAAUGUGUGACAGUUACAGUAAUGAGUGCUUCUAUUUUUGUAGGACAGAGACGACCACCUGGUGGAGGCAGGUUAAGGCUUUUGUCGGAGGAGCAAGAGAGGGAACUUGUAAACAUGGUAAUUGCAAAUAAUGUAAUCCGCCUGCAAGAGAUUCAAAGGAGAGUGAUUGAGGAUGAUCAUCUUUUUCGAGGCAUAAAUGCCAUCAGCCUCUACACAAUUGACCGCAUCCUCCGAAAGAAUCAAUUCCGGAUGAAACAGGCAUACCGAGUCCCUUUCGAACGAAACUCUGACAGAGUGAAAAACCAACGUGUGGAAUAUGUUCAGAGAAUCUUUGAGAUUGAAGGACGGCCUGUUCGCCAUGAAAUGAUCUUUGUGGAUGAGGCAGGUUUUAACCUGACCAAAAGAAGGAAAAGGGGGAGGAACAUAAUUGGCCAUCGGGCUAUUGUAAAUGUCCCUGGUCAGCGUGGGGGGAAUGUCACUAUGUGCGCAGCCAUCAGCCAACGAGGGGUACUCCACCGCCAUGCCGUACUAGGACCCUAUAACACUAUGCUUCUCCUUGCUUUUCUUGAUGGUUUAAGACAACAUAUGUUCCAGCUGGACUACAGGGAACCAUCACAGCCAGAGCAGCCUCACUACGUUGUUGUGUGGGAUAACGUCAGCUUCCAUCGCGCUGCUCUGGUUCGUGACUGGUUUACCAAUAACCCAAAGUUUUCUAAUAUCUUUCUGCCUGCAUACUCCCCCUUUCUAAACCCGAUAGAGGAGUUAUUUUCGGCAUGGCGGUGGAAAGUGUAUGACCGAGAACCUUAUGUCCGUGUUCACCUCCUUCAGGCCAUGGAAGAGGCCUGCCUAGACAUAUCAGUAGAUGCAUGCCAGGGGUGGAUCAGGCAUGCAAGAGGAUUUUACCCCCGCUGCCUGGCUGGGGCCAAUAUAGCCUGUGAUGUGGAUGAGAUUCUCUGGCCUGACCCAGACCAAAGACAAGAUGCUGUGGUGGGAUAAUGUUUCUGGUGUGUGUUGUACUGUAUAGUACAUGAAUGACAAUGUGCCACUGUACAUACAUUGGUUGCGUCUUUUGUGUUUAUCAUGUGACAAGGGUUUUGAAGGGGAGAACCAUAAGCAACCUAAUUGUUUUGGAACUAUUGUUUUGAAUUAAUUGUACCAGUGUGCAAAACUCUGUUGUAGUGUGUGUGUUUUUGAGGGCUUGUGUUUGAUGUCUGAGGGCAAAGUUCGGUUUUUCAGCAGGAGUGAAUAGUUUUGGGUGUAGAGCUUCAUUUUGACCUGGAAAUAGGAUGUUUGGGGAAUUGAGUGAGAUGUUAUGGAUUUGUGUUUACUGUUGUGCGGAUAUGAGGCGUAGUUUCAAGAAAUGUGUUUUAGCAAUCGAGAAAAACUGUAAUA